AUGGAAAUCAUCGACUUAAGUUCAGAUGGUGAAGCAAUUGUUGACUUGUGUUCAGAUGGUGAGGGCAGCAGCAGCAGCAUCAAUAUGUGCUCAGAUAGCGAAGACGAUCAUGAUCACCAUGAUUUCGGCAAUCGUUUUCGCCAGCAGCCUCUCCAUUCUCUCAGCACAACUUCUGAUGACACAAGUAGCGACGAAGAUGAACCAGUUAUGCUGGAUGGAGACGGCUUUUUAAGUACUCAUCAUGGUCCAUCCUAUUACAGAACAAGUAAGGACUUCCCUCGUCAGCCAAUGCCAUCUAUGACUUCUGUUGUUGAUUUUGAAGCCGAUAGUAGCCCAAAACUCCCUAAAAAGUGUUAUUUUACUGCUGAUGAGAAAGCCGUAUAUGAAGAAGCCUUGCAGCAUAUCGGUCAGGAAAAAGGGGAAGAAGAUCUGUCUGAAGGUGUUCUGUCAGUUUCGCUUCUUAAGCAUCAGAAAAUAGCAUUAGCUUGGAUGGUCUCCAGGGAGAAUAGUACACAUUGCUCUGGUGGAAUUCUGGCAGAUGAUCAGGGUCUUGGGAAGACAAUAUCUACCAUUGCCCUUAUACAGAAGGAGAGGCUUCAACAAUCUAGGUUCAUGACUAACGAUUCAGAAUGUGAUAAAUCUGCUGAUGGCGAUGACGAUGCAGAGCUUGUUGUGGACAAGGACUUGAGGGCCCAUGCUAUCAAGUCAAGGGCUGUUAAAGGUCAACCCAAUAAGAAGACCAGAGUGAGCUCCAGUGCAUCAACCUUGAGGCCGACGUCCAGACCAGCUGCAGGCACAUUGGUUGUGUGCCCUGCUACCGUUCUUAAGCAGUGGGCUAGUGAGUUGUCUGCGAAGGUCGCCCAGCAUGGAGAAUUGUCUGUUCUGGUUUAUCAUGGAGGUUCAAGGACUAGAGAUCCAACCGAGCUGGCAGAAUUCGAUGUUGUUGUCACCACAUACGCAAUUGUGUCCCUUGAAGUGCCAAACGAAAACACUGAUAGUGGGAUUAAUAAGAUGAAACUUAAGAAAAAUGCAGCAGGCAAGGCACAGAAGAAAAAGAAACCUAAUAAGAAUUCAAAAGGUGGCCCGCUUGCCAUGGUACGAUGGUUCAGAGUUGUGCUAGAUGAAGCUCACACAAUAAAAAGACACCAGACUCAAAUGGCUAAAGCCUGUUGUGGAUUGAGCGCGGAAAGGAGAUGGUGCUUAUCAGGAACACCUAUCCAAAAUAGCCUUGAUGAUCUAUACAGCUAUUUCCGCUUCUUGAAAUAUGAGCCUUACUCUAAUUUUAGUUCAUUCCGCUCUAUGAUUAAAAACCCAGUUUCUAGAAAUGCAGCUCAUGGCUAUAAGAAGCUUCAAACUGUCUUGAGGAUAGUUCUGCUGCGACGCAUAAAAGAAAUGCUACUUGAUGGAGAGCCAAUCAUAAACAUACCACCAAAGACAAUUCAGUUGAGCAAAAUAGAUUUCACCAAGCAGGAGCGAGCUUUCUAUUUAUAUCUUGAAGAAAGCUCUCGUCAAAAAUUAAAGGUAGGACGCUCUAAAAAGUACAUUCAGAAAAACUAUGUGCAUAUCCUGGCCUUGCUGUCUCAACUUCGGCAGGCUUGUAACCACCCCUUCCUUCUGAAGGGGAAGCAAUCAUUUGACCACUCUCUAGGAUUGGCAAGGCAACUUCCUGUGGAAAUAGCAGCAAAUGUGCUUGAAAAUAUGGAAAGAAAUGCUGCAAAAUGUACCAUAUGCAGUAAACCACCUACGAGAGCUGUUGUAGCAACAUGCGGUCAUGUUUUCUGCCGUGAUUGUGUGCAUGAUAACCUAAUAAACAAUGUGAAGGUUAAAGAGAAGGUCUGCCCUGCUUCUCCACGCUGUGGAAAGGAAAUAAGUCCCGAAUCUCUUUUCUUAGCUUACGCUUUGAAGUUCGUUCUCUGGCCUAAGUUGGAGUCGGAUGCAACGAGUUGCUCCACAUCUGAGGACCAACCAUUCUCAAUCUUUGAAAGUAGUUACACCUCCUCAAAGAUCCAGACCACCAUCGACAUACUCAAGUCGGUCAUCAACACAGGGAAUGAUCAUGAUGCAAGGGGUUCGAUUCCAAGCGAGAUAGCUCCCUCUAAGGCCAUAGUCUUCACCCAGUGGUCUCGCAUGCUGGACUUGCUAGAGCAUUCACUGAGCAACAACCAUAUUGAGUUCAGGAGGUUGGAUGGGUCGAUGCCUCUGAAUGUCAGAGAAAGAGCAGUGAAAGAAUUUAACACUGACCCAGAGGUGAGAGUGAUCAUUAUGUCACUGAAGGCUGGUAAUCUUGGCCUGAACAUGGUAGCUGCUUGCCAUGUGAUCAUGCUUGAUCCUUGGUGGAACCCCUCAGCUGAGGAUCAGGCAGUUGAUAGGGCACAUAGGAUCGGGCAGACCCGUCCUGUUAGUGUCUCCCGUUUAACCAUCAAAGACACGGUGGAAGACCGCAUUUUAUCUCUUCAGGAGGGAAAAAGGAAGAUGGUCCAAUCUGCACUGGGCGAGGACGAAUCCGGUGGCAGCGCUGCGGCUCAGCUCACCGUAGAGGAUCUCAAAUACAUCUUCAAGAUAUGA